AUGACGAGUCCGCGCAAUUUGCCUGUGAUACUGAGUGGAGAAUGAAUGGUCAUGUAAAGAGUAUGCAUUUUCAACAGUUUAUGGAACCAGCAGCAACAUUACUCUCUCUCCUGCUGGUUAUGGCUGUUGAUUCAACAAGAACUGUGGCAGCAAGCAGAAACCCUGGGUAUAAUUCUCUGCAACAGACUUUGAAGCUGACCAGACUCGUAGAGAAGGAAUCUGUCGACGUAAUCAAAACAUAUAAAGCGUCUCAAGGAGAAAUGUCAGAGCUCUUCUGCAAGGUGUCAGUUAACGACGUCCCUGACUCCAACAUCUCCGGCCUGGAGCCCUCAGAAUGGAUAUUGAGCAUCUUCACACAUCUCCAGGCCUUUUUCCCACAUUUCAAACGGGUGUAUGAGCAGCAGACGGACUUACAGUCGCCCACGAGCCCACUGCUGGCCGAGCUCACCACUGUCAGUAUUCGCAGCAUGAGCUUGGCUAAACGCAUAAGCAGCUUUUAUCAGAGCCUCUUCCCAAACUUGCCUGUACCCGAGCCAGCAGGGGGGCCGACAACACUACCUCCACCUCAGAAUGUCUUCCAACAGAAGGUCUAUGGCUGUGUGGUCCUGAAGACUUACAAGGAGUUUCUGUCAAAUGUUUCCCAAAAACUGAGGACUCUUAAACCCAAAGUGUGCAGAAGGAGGAUGCAAAUAAACAAAUUUUUCUUCUUCUGAGGAUGACCCAAGGCUGGCCUUAGACAGUCUGCUUUCAACAACACUUAUACUCACUGGUUUGACAAAGACUUAAAAAGAUAAGUGACUAUGAAGGUGGCUGGUACAUCAGCGUAAUGAAGCCUAUUUAUGGUAUUUAAUAUUUAUUUUCUUCAGUGUCUCUGGUAAGAGGAGUGCUGUUAAAAGAUCAAGAGUGUAAUAGUAUCUCUAUCCAAGUUAUGUAUAUUUAAUUUGUCUAAUAUGUUAUGUAAGGUUCUCCUUUGCUGAUGUAAACUUAUUUGCUGUACAAUUAUUAAAAGAUACU